GGAAAAUUCAAGAAAUAUAUUUCGCCAAAAAAACAUUAAUAUCAAAUAAGAUAAUACUCCUGCUUCUGCUUCUAAACAGUGGAAAGCCCUUUUCAGUGACUGUGAUUCCACAUUGUCAUACCCCAAAAGUUGGUUGUGUGGGCUAUAUAGAAAUCACCUUGUCCCAUCUGGCUGUCCUGGACAUUGGGAGCAGACAAUGUCGGAGCAUGAGUGUGGGGGGCAGUGUCGUGAGGCCCAGGUGGCAGCAGAGUACGGAAAAAGUCUUCUGGAGGAGAACCAGGAGCUGCGAAGCCGCAUGGAAGACUUGAGAGCAAAUAUUGAUAAAACGAUGGAGGCCUGUGAGCAGGAGACCCACUGCCUGCAGAUGAAAUUGGAGCAGAAGAGUAGCCUUGAGCGCUGGUACAGCGAGGAAGUCUCCUCCUUGAAACAACAACAGACUGACCGACAUGAGCUACUACAACAGAGUCUCGAGACUGCCAGACAACAGGAGGCCAGCAAGUACAUGAGACAGAUCCAGGAACUAAGGAGUGAUUUAGAGCAGGCCACAGCUACCACCUACCAACAGAAACAGAAGAUUACAGAGCUUGAGACCCUUGUUCAGGAACACAUGAACCAGAGUGCGGUCGAUGUGGGGUCCAGAUCAUUCGGCCUGUCUGAGGAGGUCACGGUGCUUCAGGAAGAAAUUGCCACAAUGCAAAAUGAAAAUACACAGCUGCAGUCCCAGUUGAUAGACAGACGUGCAGAGCUGGCUGCCAUGGUAACAGAGACGGAGGUUCUACGGGGGAAACUUCUCGCCCGUGAUGAGGAACUGGAAGAUGUCCAGUGUCAGUUUACCAAUAUCAACAACUCACUAGAGCAAGUACGCAUGGAGAAGUUGGACUUGAAAUGUCAAUUAGAUGCCCUGCAGAUGGAGGCUAGUUCACACAAGUCAAAGGGCAACUCAAUAUUUGCAGAGCUAGAUGACAGGAGAAUAGAUGCUGAGAAAAAGCUGAUCUCCCUGCAGAGAAGGCUGGAACAGCUCAAUGAAAAGUACCUGUCAGAAAAACAGCUCAAUACAAAAUAUAAGCGCCAGAUAUCCCAACUCCUGUUGUCCAGUAGCGGCAGCCACUUUGAUGAUGAAUAUGUAGCUAAUCUCCAAAGACAGCUGAAUCAGGCACGAAAUGAGAUUAAAACCCUCCUCGAACAAGUCCAGUCCAAGGACCCAUUUGAUAAGAAAGCAGGGACAGAUCAAGGCUGUUCAGAGAAGAUGUCAGAGAGUGAAUACACGCAAUACAUGAAAACCAUCAUCGAAAGCAACGAAAAGGAGUUGGAAUCUCUUAAAAAGGAGCUGUCUACAAAGUCAAUGCAACUUCUGGAUGUCCGAUCCCUGAAAUCUGCAGAGGAGGCUAAAAGCCGCAAGGUUACGACAGAAAACGACAAACUACGCAGCCAGAAUGUCAGACUUAUUGCCAAAGUGGAGGAACUUCGGCUUAAAUAUGAACCAGAAACGAUGAAAAAGUCUGAAGCCCUUGUUGUUAAAAGAACAGAAAAAAUCCCAUUGGAUGAUGAGGUAAAAAUCCGUGAAUCUAGACUGAAUAAUACUACAGUCAACCAAUCACAGACAGCAUUUGAUGAUACUGGACCAAAAACCAACCAAUCAGAGAGAGUCUUACAACCGGGAAGUGAAAAUUUAACCUCCAAAUCGCUGCUGUCAUAUGUAAAGAAGAAAUGUGUUUCAAUAUCUGACUCCGAUGAAGUUCAUUACUUUGAAGGAGAAAAUAAGCCAGAAAAUGAUGCAGAUAAAACUGGCAUUGAACAAAGUGUUGUUGGUAGAAAAGUCACUGUUAAGAAACACAUUUCUGCACCUAAAGAUAAUGUAAAUGAGUGUAAGAGUCAAUGAAGCGUGAAAAAAGCUGGUUUCACAUUUUACUAUGCAUAUAAUUGUCCAUUUGUCUUUUGAACAAGUUAACCAAAAUAUAUAAAAAUGACAAGAAUGAUACAUUAACACAGCAAAGAACAUAUGUGAACAAUUAUUCAUUGCAUAACAAUGCUGUUGGAAUGACAAAGAAAGAAUAAAGUAUAACAUAAAGUCACAAGCCAAAUGAUCAGACCGAUGUGUUUUGCAAGUUUGACAAAUUAUGUGUUUUGAACACCUUUAUUUUGCUGUUUCAUGAAAUUCAUAAAUGACAGUCCCUGUAACUUCAAUUGCAUUAUAACUAUACACCAGCACUCACUUGUAGAAAACUGGUAUAAUCGGUUAGCCAAAUUAUUAUUAGUUAUCUUCUUCUCUGAUUAUGCAAAUGCAAAACAAAUGUACUGAAAACUCGUGUUUUGUAUUUUCGGUACUUCCAUGGAUCCUUGGGGAUGUUUAAGCAUGACUUUUGAACUGUUACAUGAAAUACCCUACACUAUGUGCUAUCGGACAUUGACAGUGUAGCAUUUGCCGUACCUGUAAUUUACAGUCUCAAUGACGUCAAAAACCUGACAUUUAUAUGUUUUGAAUAUGCUUUUAAAGGACAAAUCUACCCAUACAAACAACUCAUCCCUGUUAUCUGCUGAGGUCAUAUCAUUGGUGUGAAUUAGCGAUGUAUGUUUACAAAGGUUUUGGAUUAUGUAAGGCGACGUUUAAUAUUUAAUAUCUGUAUGUAUUUGUAUAUGAAUAUAUAUAUAUAUAAAUAAAGCAAUU